GGAUUUGGUUGGCUCAGUUGGCUGUUCUGUUGACUUGUCAGUACAAACCGUGUAGUGUACAAACAAAACAAUACAUUAUACAAAACAACAAUCAUAAAACGGUUGUGUUGCGUUAAGAACAGUUUAUUUAUACUUUCAAUUAAUUAAUCUUAAAUUUAAACUAUUAAAAGUAUAAAAAUCAGUAUUCUUUGAGUGAGCGCUAAAGCAUGGCAUCAGAUUUAAACUCUAGACUAUGCCAUCAAAACUGCUGUGAUGAGUGAGACCGACGAUACCGAUAUUCUUUUGCUUAUCCCGCCGAAUUUCUUCCUUGUGCAAAGUUCAGGCUCCGAAGGAUCACUUCUAGAUUCCUCUAGAACUGUCGUGCACAAGCCGUCUUGCACUGCUCAAGUAUUGGGGAAACUCGUGAACCAAGUGCACUCUCUUGAAAAUAGGUUAGAAAGUUUAGAGUUAAGUACUAACGAGAGUAUUUCUAGUUUUGGAGGAAGACAUAAAAGUUGUGAGACAGAAAGCUUCGACAGCCGGAGUCUCGACCGUAAGUGCUUUACUUUCCCACGCAGGCGGCGACGAAAGGUAUUAAAUAAAAGGGAUAGAAAACGAGACUGGUCCCUUACAAGUUUAGACUCAAUCGGCACAACACAUAUACCACCAUUAAAAUUCAAAGAUUUUCCUGAUAAAUCUUCAGCAAAUGAUACAAUAAGUAUGGACGGAGACAUAAGCAGUAUUGUAUCCACACCUAGCAAAAAAAAUGAUAAGUUACUAUUACAUGAAAUUGAUGAAUUUUUGACUAAAGUUGAGUCAUAUGAAAUGCCUGAUUCUAAAAUAAAAAAUGAAACAUCUCUUAGCCCAGAGAAUAUUAUCAAAGCUACAGGUGAUUACAUGACAAGUAAGAUGGACCAGAAAAUGGGUGUUGAUGAUAUCAAACUUCCGAGUGGUAGAAUUGUAUCCAGUAACAUAUUAGAUAAAUAUAUAUACCUGGUAAAGAAUAACAGUGAAACAAAUGACAAGCCAACUUCAAGCAGUGUUAGAUCACAGUAUGUUGCAGAGGCAAAUGAAAAAUUGGCAUUAGAAAGCCAGAAGUGCAGACCCUUGAAAAAUGAAACAAAAUCUCCUUCCAGCAGAAAAUUAAAUUUCAUGGAUUCUAAAGAAAUCCAAGUUACAUCAACUCCGAAGAAACCUCAACCUUACUCAGAUACAUUCCGUCCUUCUAGUAAUAAAAUCUAUGAUAGAGCCUCAAAGGUGUUGGAGCAAUACAAGUCUAAAAACUUUGGAAGUCAUUCUCAAACUUCUAUGGCAGAUACAAGUCACUCCCUGUCUCCUAAAAAAGAUGAGUUCAAGAUGCCACAAAUGAGACCUUUUCCAGAAGGUAAAGACGGCUUGAAAUUGGGUGAGUUUCGCAACAAGUACAUUGACACUAUAGACACAGAUUUGUUGAGCUUAAGUGAGAUGUGGGGUGAAAAAAGGGACAAGGGGGACAGGAUGGAGAGUGCAAAGUUAGAAGAAGAAAAACUGAAAAGAGAGCAUUGCGAAUCCAUAAUCCAACAAUUACAAAAGAAACUACUGGAGCAGCAAGAGAAGCUUGCAGUUGCUGUCAAAGUAGAUCACAGUAAGGACGAGGCCAUAUCCAAGCUCCGGGAGGCAUGGCUGAAGCUCACUAGUAGCCUUAACCGGGCCGAGGAGCGCCACAAGGCUGCAUUAGAUAAGAUGAUGCGGGAGGUUGACAAUUUUAAAGCUGUUGCUGAUGAAGCACAGAAGAAAACAUGCCAUUUCGAAUCUGAGCUCUACAAAGCCCUAGACUUGGCCCAUGAUUACCAAGACAAGUGCAAGCAACUCAACCUGGAAAUGAAGCAGGUCAGGGCCAGCACAGAGAGUGUGCUGGCCAGGAAAGAUCAGCUUUUAUCAAGCAAGGACAAGGAAAUACAGGCCUUGAAGGAAAACUACGAGACGGUCAUGCGAUUGAAUAAACAGUCGACAGAUUGUGUAAAGAAUCUAGAAGAUGUGUUGGAAAAGGAAAAAUCUGACCACAAUGAGUCAAAGCAAAAAAUAGACGAGCUAUCCCGACGGCUGCAGUCCAUCGACGAAGAAACGGCCCUCGUACAUCAGGAGAGAGACCUUCUGAGGACCAAGAUAAACGAGGAGCGCGGCCGCUCAACCAUCCUGGAGCGGCAGCUGGCCGAUAAACAGGACCAAUGUAGCGACCUGCUCAAUAAAUGCGACAAUCUUGAUGCUGAUAUGAAGUCCCUGCGGAAACAGUUGGAGCUCCAGAAAAACGAGCUGAAGUGUCACUACCAGAAGCAGUUGGAGGACGCCGUGCUGGCCAAGCUGCAAGAGUUCCAGCAGCAGCUGGAACACGCUGAGCGGGACCUGGAGAAUGACGCGAGGGGCAAAGAAAGCGCCAUGUUAGAGACAUUCAAUAGGCAGGUCACGAGGAUCGAGGAGCAACACAAAUUGGAGAUAAACGUUCUGGAAGAGAAACAAAAAGAAGAGAUAAAAUUGUAUCGACUACAGCUGGCCCAGGCCAGCGAAAAAAUCGGCUUAUUAGAGAGUAAGCUGGAGUCCCACCGGCGACGGCGCGGGCAGAUCGCGACGCAGCUGCACGGCGUAAUGCAGCAGCAGUGGCGGCAGGCCGUGCGGAUCCUCACCAGUGGCCAGGAGCCGCUCGACCACAUCAGGGACUCGGGUGAGUGGAUGCGACUACAGCGCGGGCAGAUCGCGACGCAGUUCCACGGCGUGAUGCAGCAGCAGUGGCGGCAGGCCGUGCGGAUCCUCACCAGCGGCCAGGAGCCGCUCGACCACACCAGGGACUCGGCGUCGACGCCGGCGCCCGAGUUCGCGGGCAAGGUCCCGCCGCUGUCGCUGCCGCCGCGCCGCGACCGCGAACACCUUAACUUUGAUGGGCUCUCCGACCACGAGCUUCAACACUACGUUAAGUUGCUGCUGACAAAGCCCGCGGCGCCGGACAGCACGGAGCGCUCGGGGUCCCCGCACGAGCACGAGGAGCCCACGAGCGACCGGCCCGAGCGCCGCGCGCGCCGCAGCCUCAACCACAGCGGACCCAAGCCGCCCUGGAAGGCCUGACCCGAAGCGAGGCUAAUAUGGUUUCAACGACAACUCUUUAACGGGUAGCAGAAACAUGUUUUUCUUUACAUUUUGAACUUUGUAUAUUUUUGAUCGAGUUCAAAACCAGUGUUGACUGAUGAAAGAAGUAUUUAAAUAUUUGCUCCUCUUCCAGUUACAGCGAUCCUGUUAAAGUGAGUAUGAAGUAGCUUUUUGUUUCUUUGUAGGACAAAGAUCGAUUAAAGAAAAUUUUAUACGAGCAAUAAAAUAUUGCUGGAAGAGACUGUUAGUUUAUUUUGUAAUAGCGGGUUUCAAUGUAGGUCUUCAAUUAAUUUGUUUUACACCAGCAGUAUACGGAACUCUUAUAUAUAUUAUUUAUAAUAGAGGUACUUACGAGUUUAUAGGAACACAACUUUACUUUAUACUUCGGCGUAAGUAUAUCAGAAACUUAUUUCGUUUAAAAAUAACUCCAGUGUCAAUCAUGAGUAUCAUGACUCAUGAGGAUUUUAAUUGACUACUUACUUUAUAUAACAUAAAAGUCCCUGAUUUAAAAGCCCAUGCUUUACAUCUGGCAUUUCUGCUAACUUCAUUUGAAUUCUAAAAAGAAAAUAAUCAUUGCAAUUUGCCAUCUUUAAUCAAUACCGUCAAAUGGGGUAUAAAUUAUUAAUAUGGGAUAACUUUAAGACAAUUUUUUAACCAUUAAUUUAUCUAGCUAAUUGAAAAAUUGACUGGUAAAUCCUGAUUCAAUGAUUUCUUGUAAAAAACUCUGCUGUCAGCCAUGUUCAUAUAACUGAGGAUGAGGAAUAUUUCCUUUGUCUAAUGUUAUCCCUCCUGUCCCCAGUUACGGUAAUUAAGUCUAGUAAGGGCCAGUUGGGGUUAACCGGUUAAACUCGGAGUUACCGGUACAAAUUUAAUCCUGCGUUAACGGUUAACUCCGAGUUAGUGGCUAACCCUGGAUGGUGCAAGUGGCCCUAAUUGAGAUUUAACUACAUUUACGUGUUGAUUCAAUAGUUUGGAUAUUUAAGUUAAAUAAAUACCCAUGAAAUAACCCUUACUAAUUUCAAGGGAAGUUCUACUGUGAAGGAAUGUGUUUUACUUGGGAUUUACUCAAAUGAAUUCUAUGUUUGUUAGGUACGCCACAUAAUUUUUUGUAUGUAUCUCCACAUUCCAUUUUACAAUUUUAUACUGUUGAUAUUAACAAGGAUUUUGGAUAA